UGUUACACGUAAACAAUAAUGGCGCCGGUUUCCUCAUCUGUCAAACAAUUGGUGAACGAAAAUAACAUUCAAGACUUCCUGACAGCUUCAGAAAUACUUAUCAAAUUCUCAAACAAUGUACUCCAAAACCCAAACGAAUCGAAGUACAGACGCAUACGUCUUACAAACCCUACGGUGGAGAACAAGCUACUCCCGGUUAGCGGAGCUAUGGAGUGCCUCUUUGAAAUGGGAUUUGUUGAGGAUGGUGAAUAUUUGAGCCUGCCUCAGUCCGCAGCUCUGAGUCCCCUGGCUACAAUGAAGACCCAGCUGGAGACGGAGAGAGCUGUGGUUCAAAAGUCGGCUAGUGGCCCCUCUAUGAAUCCGAUAGUUUCCUCUGACGGGGUCCCAUUAGGGCCCACCUCAGCCCAACAGCAAGGGGCAGCUGCCGCUGAGGGAAGUCAAUCUGUUUCACGGUCACUGAACUUUAAUCAGUCUGAAAUAGCAUUUUACCAGAAACUGGAGUCUGGAAUACAGAGAGUGCAAACCUAUGAAGACCAGAGACUGCAGUUGAAGGCCCUGCAGACCAUGCCAGUAAGGCAGUUACAGGAGGAGGCAGCAGAAACCCUGACACAACUCAAGGAAGUAGAUGACACCAAGUCGGGGGACAAUGGCAAGAGUCUUGACAUCAAAGACUGUCUAGUGCUUGCUCUUCUAAAAUGGUUCAAGAACUCAUUUUUUAGAUGGAUGGAUGCCCCCUCUUGCAGGCAAUGUGGGGGCAAGACCAGUUUCCAUGGCAACGAUGCUCCAACACCAGAGGACUUGAGGUUUGAAGGGAACCGUGUGGAGAAGUACAGAUGUGAUGUGUGUGGAGAGUUCACGAGAUUUGUGCGGUACAACGACCCUGGAAAGCUGCUGGAAACCAGGGAAGGUCGGUGCGGGGAAUGGGCCAACUGCUUCACGCUCUGCUGUCGCGCCCUUGGGUUUGAGGCUCGCUAUGUUCUGGACUGGACGGACCAUGUCUGGACAGAAGUGUAUUCGGACUCCCAGGAGCGGUGGGUUCACUGCGACCCCUGUGAAAAUGCAUGUGAUAAGCCCCUGUUAUAUGAGCUAGGCUGGGGCAAAAAGCUUACGUAUGUGAUAGCAUUUUCAAUCGAUGAUGUUGAAGAUGUCACUUGGAGGUAUAGUGCAAAUUUUGAGGAGACUUUGAAGAGAAGGACUGAAUGUAGAGAAUCUUGGCUGGUGAAUACGUUGUAUAACCUGGAUAAGCAGAAAUGGAGUGCAAUGCCAGAAGCGAAACAGAAUGUGAGGCUAAAGAGAAAGAUUGCAGAACUGGUUGAAUUGAUAACACCAAAGAAGGCCGAUGGACAAAACCUGUCUGGCAGAACCACUGGCUCUAUGGCGUGGAGACUGGCUAGAGGGGAGAUUGGAGGCGGGGCUGACUCACCUCCACAGCAAUACAUUUUCAACCCGACCCCAGAAGAAAUUACUCAACAGCGGUUUCAUGUAUCUUACUCAUGUGCCAAGAACGAGUAUACUAGAAAUUCUGACCUCAUGAAGAAAACGAAGGGAUUCCAAACACUUGUGCAUGAGUUCAGCAACAUUUUUCGCAAAGAAGAACAUGACUGGAAAAUGGUCUAUCUUGCUAGGACAGAAAAGACAGAUAAAGGAGAAAUAUCAUGGAAAUUUGAUUUCAAAGAGAGUGGGUUGGUGAUAGACUCUGCUGAGCUUCGAUUAGACACAGCCACGUACCACACAGGGCGGGUGAUCUGGACAGUGUGCAAUGAGGAUACAUGUUUUCUUCUCACAGGAGGCCCAUCCCUACAGAAUGUGCUAGCCCUUGUGGGUGUGUCCAGUUUCACCUUGACUGCGACCUUGACUGGCGGUGAGGGUGAUAUUGCCUGGCAACACACACAACUCUUCAGACAAUCAUUGGAUGAUGCAGCAUGUCCUUUCGAGGUCAAACUCAAGCUUUCUGCCAAGAAGCCAUCUAACUAGAGUAUUUACAGUUUUUAUCCAGACAUUCUAUUACAUGUGAUUGUGAUUUACCGGCAUCAUUUAUUGCUGUGUUUAUUUUCUCUAUUGUGAAUUCCAUUUGUAUUUCUUCUCCAUAUUUGUUAAUGUCAGGAAGGAUUAAAUAUUGCUUUAUUUGUGUCUUGUUCUGAGAAAACUGGGCUUAAUUCAUGUGCGUAAAGUGUCGUCCCAGAUUAGCCUGUGCAGUCCGCACAGGCUAAUCAGGGACGACACUUUCCACUUUUAUGGUAUUUUUAGUUUGAAGGAAGUCCCUCCUUACCGAAAAUCAAGUUUAGGCGGAAAGUGUCGUCCCUGGCGGACUGCACAGGCUAAUCUGGGACGACACUUGACACACAUGCAUUAUGACCAGAUUUCUCAGAACAAGACACAUAUUAUUGUUUACCAAUGCAAACAUUUACAUGAUAAAUGCUCAUCUCUGAAUGGCCAUAAAUUUGAAAUAGUAUUAGUUUUCAGUUCAUACCUUCAUAAAUUCAUUGAGGUCAAGGUCACUUAUUGACAUCAAGGUCAGAUAUUGAGAUCAAGGUUACAUAUUGAGAUCAAGGUCACAUAUUGAGAUCAAGGUCACAUAUUGAGGGCAAGGUCACAUAUUGAGAUCAAGGUCACAUAUUGACAUCAAGAUCACAUAUUGAGAUCAAGGUCACAUAUUGAGAUCAAGGUCACGGAUUGAGAUCAAGGUCACAUAUUGAGAUCAAGGUCACAUAUUGACAUCAAGAUCACAUAUUGAGAUCAAGGUCACAUAAUGACAUAAAGGCUACAUAUUGAAAUCAAGGUCACGUAUUGAGAUCAAGGUCACAUAUUGACAUUAAGGUCACAUAUUGAGAUCAAAGUCACAUAUUGAAAUCAAGGUCACGUAUUGACAUUAAGGUCACAUAUUGAGAUCAAAGUCACAUAUUGAAAUCAAGGUCACGUAUUGACAUUAAGGUCACAUAUUGAGAUCAAGGUCACAUAUUGAGAUCAAAGUCACAUAUUGAGGUCAAGGUCACAUAUUGAGAUCAAGGUCACGUAUUGAGAUCAAGUUGACAUAUUGAGAUCAAGGUCACAUAUUGGCAUCAAGGUCACAUAUUGUGAUCAAGAUCACAUACCGGUAUUGAAUUUAAUUAGAGACUUCUCUUACUAGAUUCAAUGUUUAAAGGCUCCAUUUCCAACCCUCAGAUACUGAUGAGCAGCAAACAGCAUUAAACCUGAACAGACUGCGAGUUACUCGCAUGCUGUUCUGGUUUUAUGCUGGUUGUAAAAGCCAUUUUCAAUUUUCUUCUGAUGAGGAAACGGUUAAAUGUCAACUUCUUUUUGCAUAGUGAGAAUUCAGUUCAAUUUUGUAAUACAUACAAAUAUUUUCUUUACGAAACAAAUGUCUACUUUUAAACAAAGUGCCAACCAUUUUGAGGACAUAUGUCUCAGGCAAGAUCAUCUUUUGGUUCAAGGUAACACAUGCUCAACAGAAGAUAAAACUUUCUGUAGAAAGCAUUAUUUUGUCUCUUAUGAAAUGAUUUCACAAGUAUAUAUGUACCAUAAACAAGAGCGUCCAAGAAUAUGGCUGAAUAUUUUAAGAAUACUUGUCAAGGUCAAAUAUCAGAAGUGUAAGAUUCAUAGAAUUCACUAGUCAUGUUUUUUGUUUAUUCCAAGUCCAUUUUCCUGUUUUGUAGAUUAUUUGCUGGUCAAAACAUUGUUCUGUAUCAACACAUUUUCUUUUGUGAUAAAGCAGUAUGUAGUAGUAUAAUAAACAACAGUUGAAAACUACUAAAAUUUUGAAAUCUUUAGAACUGUCAAAAAUAGUUUGAAAUAUAAAUGUUCUCUAUUUUAUUAGUCCCUUCCGGUGAUGGUUUUUGCUCCGUCUGUCUGUCAGUCAGUCAGUCUGUCACACUUUUCUGGAUCCUGCGAUAACUUAUAAAGUUCUUAUUAUUUUUUCAUGAAACUUGAAACAUGGAUAGAUGGCAACAUGGACAUUAUGCAGGUCAUUUCAUUUUGUUCCUACAUCAAAAAUUCUGGUUGCUUUGGCAACAAAUAUGCAAAAAAACAACUGAAAAUGGUGGAAUUUCUGACAAUGGUGGAGCCGGUAGGGGACUUAUAUUGCUUGGCAAUAGUCUUGUUACUUUGUGUCGUAAAAAAUGUGAUAUGUAUGGAAAAAUAUUUCCUUAUUAUUGUUUUAAACAUGCCACACCUAGAAAAAGGCCUUGGCAAACAGCGUAGACCCAGAUGAGAAGCCGCAUGAUGCGUCGUCUCAUCAGGGUCUGCGCUGUUUGCUUAAAGGAAUUUCUAAGAAAUAUUCUAUAUAUAGAAAUAAAUAUACUAGACAUCCCUAAUUUUGGAUAUAAAUUGAUCCAAUUUAAAAGGAUGGGAGAGUCCACUAGGCAUAAAUGGGUUAAACAUGACACACCUAGACUCUUAUGGUGUUUACGGUUGUGACUGUUGUUGUUUUCUUUGAUUAAUUUUAUAUAACAUAACAUUUAUUCAGAAAUUAGUAAUGUGGCUGCCAUUUUAAUAUGCAUUACUUUUUACUGGACUCAAAUUUAAUAAAUCUCAGUGCUGGUCGAUGGUCUUGCAUUUAAUUGAACAGCAGCUAUUCUAAGCGCCAGUCAAUAUCUGUUUGAAUUUGAUUGCUACAUAAAAUCAUCAUUUACUUAAAUGCCAUAAAUUUGAGCUACUUUUAGAAUUUAUGUUACUAUAUAUUUUUUUUAUUUUAUGCAUCCAUAAAUGUGUUUAAAUGUAAGGACUGAUAUUUGAAUAUUAUUUAUUUUGUGUAGAUGCAUAACUAUGGCUUUGGUUGGACAAAUUGUUUUAGCUCAAAUCACUCUGUGAAAGAAUAAUAUAAACCCUGUUUUGGGAAAGCUGGGCUUAAUAAAUGUGAGUAGUUUCAUAUUUUAUUACACAAAGUACAUACAUAUAAUAGGUAUUACAUAUAAUUAUAGUUAUGCGUCAAGUUUCAUCACAGAUUAGCCUGUGCGGUCUGUACGUUUGCAUUAAGCCCUAUAUUCCCAGAACGCGGCUCAUAUGAUGAAAAAAUAAAUUAUGAUACUAUUGAUAA